AGGAAACGGCAGCCCACAAAGCAGAAGUAACCUCAGAGAGGGAAGUGUCUCAGGUGGAAGGAGCCAGCGCUCACUUUCUGGAACAUUUAAAAGAAAAGUUGGGACAGAGCUUGAGUGAGAAGGGGGCAAUUGGAGGGACAAUGCAGCUGCCUUUCGCUGGCCUGAUUCUCCUGGCAGGCUGUUUCUCGGCACCACCUGUCCCUGCGCUGACCACCCAAGGGGAGGUGAGGGGAACCCUGGGCGGGUCGGUGUCUGUGCCAUGUCAGUACCAGAAAGUAUAUCAGGGCAAUCCGAAAUACUGGUGCAGAGGAGCAGAGUGGAGCACCUGCUCCAAGGUCAUUGAGACUGCAGGGCUGGAGGCCGAGGUGAAGCGGGGCAGCGUCUCCAUCCAAGACAAUCACACCCUGAACACGUUCACUGUGACCAUGGAGAACCUGACCCUGGGAGACGCUGGGACCUACUGGUGCGGAAUAAAUAAAAGUGGACGUGAUCGUAAUUCCCGUGUUAAUGUGAUGGUUCUCCCCGCUCUCUCCACGGCAGUGAUGGUAACGACUGGAUCUCUCUCCACAGCAAACAUGACGGAGCACCCCAAAAGUACCUCCAUUGGUUUCCCUCACAAUGCUUUUCAGGCCCGUGUGCGAGAAACCAACCUCCAGUAA